AGCAAGUAGAGAGGUAGAGAGUCAUAUGGAAAGACAGUCUAUCUUGGCUAUGAUCAGUCAGCCGAACUGACUGUCAGUGUCAAGGCAUUGCAUUGUCAGUUUUGAAAUUGGAUUGUUGAUUGCUAGAAAUCCAAAAUGCAACCGCAAAUCCUAGUUCUGAAGGAGGGAACGGACCAGUCGCAAGGACGUCCGCAGCUCAUAUCCAACAUCAACGCAUGCCAGCUUGUCGUUGAUGCGGUACGCACAACAUUGGGUCCUCGCGGCAUGGACAAGCUUAUCGUCGACCACAGCGGCAAAGCGGUCAUCUCCAAUGACGGAGCCACCAUUAUGAAACUUUUGGACAUCGUGCACCCCGCCGCUAAGACUCUCGUCGACAUCGCCAAGUCUCAAGAUGCUGAGGUGGGAGAUGGGACCACGUCUGUAGUGAUCCUGGCCGGGGAGCUGCUGAAGCGGCUCAAGCCGUUUGUCGAAGAAGGCGUGCAUCCUCGCAUCUUAGUACGCGCUGUGCGCUCGGCCGCCAAGCUCGCUGUCGACCGAAUUCGCGAGCUCGCCGUCAAGAUGGACAACAAGUCGCCACAGGAACAACGCGACCUGCUCCGCAAGUGCGCCGCCACCGCCAUGGCCUCAAAGCUGAUUCACAGACAGAAGGACCAUUUCUCUGCCAUGGUGGUUGACGCUGUCUUGUCUCUGGACGCUCCUCUGUUGCCUCUGGACAUGAUAGGCAUCAAGAAAGUCUCCGGCGGUGCCUUAGAAGACUCAUUUCUGGUAGCCGGAGUUGCCUUCAAGAAGACGUUCUCGUACGCCGGCUUCGAGAUGCAACCCAAGAGUUAUGACCCGUGCAAGAUUGCGCUGCUCAACAUCGAGCUCGAGCUGAAGGCUGAAAGGGACAAUGCUGAGGUGCGUGUGGACAACGUGAAGGAAUACCAGAAGGUGGUGGACGCUGAAUGGCAGAUCCUUUACGAGAAGCUUGAAGCCCUGCACAAGAGCGGAGCCAACGUGGUGCUGAGCAAGCUGCCUAUUGGAGACGUUGCUACGCAGUACUUCGCUGACCGAGACAUGUUCUGCGCCGGGCGCGUGCCCGACGAGGACCUGCGCCGCACGCAGCGCGCGUGCGGCGGCGCCGUGCUCAGCUCCACCAGGUCCAUCCCCGUAGAGGCCCUGGGCCACUGCGCGCACUUCACCGAGAAGCAGAUCGGCGGCGAGCGUUAUAACAUCUUCACUGGUUGCCCGGCGGCGAAGACCUGCACGUUGAUAUUGCGAGGUGGCGCCGAACAAUUUCUUGAGGAGACUGAGCGCUCGCUCCAUGACGCCAUCAUGAUCGUGCGCCGCAGCAUCAAAAACGACGCGCUUGUGGCUGGUGGCGGCGCCAUCGACAUGGAGAUCUCCAAGCACCUUCGCGAAUACUCUAAGGGGGUGGCCGGCAAGGAACAGCUAUUAUUGGCCGCCAUCGCUCGCGCCUUCGAGGCUAUCCCGAGACAACUGUGCGACAACGCCGGCUUCGACGCUACUAACUUGCUGAAUAAGCUGCGUCAGAAACAUCAUCAGGGCGAGAAAUGGUACGGCGUGGACAUUCAGAAGGAGGAUAUCGCGGAUAACUUCGCUAGCUGCGUGUGGGAGCCGGCUGUUGUGAAGAUCAAUGCUGUUACUGCUGCCUGCGAGGCCGCCGCGCAGAUCCUGUCGGUAGACGAGACGAUCAAGAACGUGAAGGGCGGAGACGCCAUGCCCCAAGCCGGGGGCAUGCCGGGCGGCAUGGGGCGCGGCAUGGGGCGCCCGCGCAUGGGAUAAACUAUAGAUAAUGUGUUGGCAUUAUCUACUUUAUAUCACAUAAUACUGAGAUGACAGCUCAAUACCAUGUUUAUCGGCACGAAGCUUCAACUGUCAUUUUAGUAUCUAAGAUAAUAAAAAAGCAAAUCUAGUUAGGUCGAUAGAUAGCUAAACACCAUAUGGGGCAUUUUCUAUGAAAAGGGACCUUAUUAGAUUAUUUUAAACCGGGUCACUUACGACAUACAUGUCGAGCUAUUCGACUUAAUAAUACGUGAGUGACCCGGUUUAAAAUAAUCUAAUAUGUUUGAGUCUCACGGGAGUUUUAUAGGGACCUUAUUGUCGAUGGCGCUUACGCCGCACAGCGUCGCCUGCAUUGUAUUUAUAUCGGAGCAUCGUUUAUAAUGGCGUAAGCGCCAUCGACAAUAAGGUCCCUUUUUAUAGAAAAUACCACAUAUUUUCUUACUGAUACUUGGUGUUUUUGGUACGGGAAUAGUUAUUUACGAUACAAGUGCGGAAAAGAGGAUAUUCGAAACGAGUGGCGAUAAAUUAAAACACGACCGCAGGGAGUGUUUUAAAUCGGCACGUGUAUCGUACAACGUUUUACAGUACAUAUAUGGCCCUUUAAACUUUCGACAUAUGCACGAAAAGUGCUCUUUUACGCACUAGUGCGAGAAAGUAGCACCAUAUGUACUGUAAUGAUAAUUUUCCUAACAUCGACCCGGCUUUUUGUCACGGGCGAAGGCUUAUGGCGCUGGAAUGAUAAGUGCUUAAUUAAUCUGAUUUUAAUAAAUAGAGUAUUUUCUAUUUGUCAAGUUAACCCUAAGGGAUAUAUAUGUGACGUUUUCAACCAAAAGGUACCACAUUGUCGCUAGUCGACAAGGUUGAUUUCAAAUUGAAGCUAUAUGGAAAUAGCGCCUUAUUGACAACCGACAAUAAGUACCCUUUUGGUUGAGAAUGACAUAUUUCCCACAUACGGCACUUCAAUUCAAACAUGUGUUCUAUUUUUCGAUGAGUAAGACAGACAUUCGAUUGAUUACAAUUGAUUGAUUGAUUCGAUUAUCAUUUUUGAAAUGUCAGCCUUGUAAAGGGUUAAUUCCAGUAUCGAAAAUCUUAUUUUAAUACACCGCAAAGACUUUUGUAACUUUAAAUCCAGAACGAAAAAAAUCCACUGGAAUUUUUGUGAGUUUCUGGAAACAUACGUAAAAAGUUAUAAUUUCUUAACUAAGAAUUACACAAUGUUUUUAAAGUAUUACGAUUGCUGGUUCAAUAUCUGCUUAUGUUUAUUUCAAUGUGCUUAUGUUUACUGAAAUGUAAAAUGUUUUAUUUAUAUUAGCAAUGUCAGACUCAUUAUAAACAGAUAUUAUUCUGUUCGAAGCAUUUAAUUUUGUUUGAAUUAUUUUAUUAAUGAUAAUAACUUUAGCUUUCACAAAUGUUUAGGAUGUAAGUUAGUUAAUAAAAUGUAUUACACUACUA